CUGUGUGUGUGUGUGUGUGCACACAGGGAUCUAGGGCCGCCCUCAUCCAGAUGCCGAAACAGCUGGCUUAGCUCUCCUUUUCCUUUCCAGCUGUUUUCCCUCUUUCCUUUUCCAUUCCCUUCUUCCACAAGCAGAGAUUCCCUGGCGGAGCGUGUCAAGAGUCUUAACUCAAACCUUGGCACUGGCAUCCUUUUUUUAAAAAAAAAAAAAAUUGCUCCAGCACUCCAGGAAAUUUUGCCAUCUCAGCCUACUUUUCAGAACUUCAGAACAAUUUGCCUUGCAAACUGGAUGUAUUUGGGUUGAAUUUCCUCCCGGGUAAUUCUUCUUUUCGCGUUCGGUUUUAAUUGAAUGCAGCCAUGGAGCAGUUCAAAAGUCUCUCUGCGAGUGUUCCUCCCUUUUUAUUGCCUGCUGGCAGGGAAAAGAAACAUAAAUAUCCAAGCCCUGGAAAUUUCACCGGCAUUUUCCUGCUUUUAAUUCUUCUGGUGGUUUUGGAAGAUUCGUUUGCAAGAGAAGCCCAGAAGAUCCAGGGAGACAUGGCCGUAUCUCGUCCGGCCCUUGGGGUUAAUUUGGGUCUUCAAAAGCUGCCCUUCCCGCCUCCACCUCCUCAUCUCCGGAAAAAACGUUACACGCUGACACCAGGAAGGCUCAAAUGGAAUCAUUUCAACCUAACCUACAAAAUUCUGUCUUUCCCCAAAAAUUUGAUUGGCAAAAGCCAGACCAGGAAAGGGCUGACCGCAGCUUUCCGUAUGUGGAGCGAUGUCUCCCCGUUCACCUUUCGCGAAGUGCCAGUGAGCGCCGCCAGCGACCUCACCAUCGGUUUCUACCCGAUCAACCACACGGAUUGCGUGGAAUCGCAGAUCCACCACUGUUUCGAUGGGAUCACGGGCGAGUUAGCUCACGCCUUCUUCCCACAGACGGGGGAGAUCCAUUUUGACGAUCAUGAAUACUGGAUUGUCGGGGACACUCGGUUCAGCUGGAAAAAAGUCGUCUGGCUGACAGAUCUGGUUCACGUGGCCGCCCACGAAAUUGGCCACGCGUUAGGCCUUAUGCACUCUCUGGAUCCCAACGCCUUGAUGCAUGUGAACGCCACCCUGACAGGGAAGAACACGAUCUCGCAGGACGAGAUGUGGGGAAUUUAUCGGCUUUAUGGCUGCAAAGACCGACUGUUUAUAUGUCCGUCGUGGAGUCGGAAAGGGUACUGUCAAACACGCCAACGGUUUAUGAAAAAGCACUGCCCUUACAGCUGUGAUUUCUGCUUGGAGUUCCCUUUUCCGACGGUGAUACCCACCCUGCCGCCGCCAAGGAUGAAGACCAGGCUUGUCCCCGAAGGCCGGAACGUUACUUUCCGAUGUGGCCAGAAAAUCAGUCACAAAAAGGGGAAAGUUUAUUGGUAUAAGGAGAAGGAAUUGCUGGAAUAUUCCUAUCCUGGCUACCUGUUUCUGAAUGGCGACCACAUGAGCAUCAUAGCUAAUGCCAUCAACGAAGGAACGUAUACUUGCAUCGUGAAGAAAAAGUCCAAAGUCUUGACCACGUAUUCUUGGAGAGUCAGGCUGAAGCAUUAAUGUGGACUGUGGGCAAGGACUUACAGACCCCCAAGUCACUCUAGGUGGGCCCACGUCCUCACCUGUUGCCAUAUUGCACUUUCAACAGCCGAUCCGCAUUCACGAAAACCAGCUUUCCCAGGUUAUUCCUUCCAGAAG